UUGCCAAUUUCAAUACUUUUAUUUUGCAGUUGUUUUAAAAAAAAAUCGAAAAAAAGUGCAAAUCCCACUAAAUUUCAAAGCACAAAAUUAGGGGAAUUCGCCAAAAUAGAACACUAAAAAAUUCUUCAAAUUCAUUGAAUGUAUAGAUUCCGGGAGAUGGCGGAAAUAGACGGCGCUCCGUCGUCGGAGCAGCCGCCGCCGCCGAUUUCCGACAUGUUCCAGAAAUUCGCGCUCGCGUUCAAGACCAAAACCUACGAGCUCUUCGCCGAGGAAGACGACUACGCCGCCGUCGACUCCGAUUGCGACGUCGCCCUCCUCCUCGACUCCGCCGAGGAGUUCAUCCCCCACCAGAAAGUCGUCGUCAUCAAACCGGACUCGGGUAAUUCGGAUGCGGGAUUGAAUCGGGCUCUAAUUCCGUCUAUCUUCGCCACUCUCUCAUCGUUUGAAGCUUCGUAUCUGCAAUUUCAAGCGGCGCACGUGCCGGAUAUCGACGAGGCCGCCCUCGAGGAAGCUGAUAAGUCCAUCGUUUCGAUUCUGCAGAAAUUGACCGAGCUGAAGAAUUUGUACAGGGAAUCGAAGAGACAGGGGCCGGAGUUUAGUAAUGGUUUCGUCUUCCCCGCCGCGUCGUUCUGGGAAUUUCAGGUGCAGGAGAAUCAGAGCAAGCUCAGGGUUUUGGAGACGAUAGUCAAUACACAGCAGUCGCAGAUUGAUGUUAAGGAUGGCGAAGCAAUCGAAUUGAGGAAGAAAUUGGACAGGAUUAGGGCUUCAAAUUGCGAAUUGAUGCGGAAAUUGGGUUUAAAAGAGGGAGGCGCAGGUUUGGGGCUUGAGGUUAUGCUCACAAUUAGGGUUUUCGAGGCAAUGCUGCUGGAUUCAGUCAAAUCUAUGCGGUGUUUUGUGAAAUUGCUGAUUGAUCUGAUGCGAAGAGCAGGGUGGGAUUUGAAGGAAGCAGCCAAUUCUGUGUAUCCAGAUAUGAAUGUGAAUUACACGAAAAAGGGCCAUUUCCGGUAUGCAUUUCUCUCUUAUGUUUGCUUAGGAAUGUUUCAGAAUUUUGACAAAAUUGAUUUCGGAUUAUGCAAUUCUGAGAUCAUCUCCAAUGGUAAUGGCACUAAACAAAUCGAAAACGGUGCAACUGAUGGUGAUGCCAUUGAUUAUCUGAGGCAAUUGAUAGACCAUGUUUCCAAUAGCCCCAUGGAGAUGCUGAGCAAGAAUCCAAAAUGCGAGUUUUCGCGUUUCUGUGGGAGGAAGUAUGAGGAACUCAUACAUCCAACAAUGGAGUCUUCCAUCUUCAGCAACCUAGAUAGGAAGGAUAAGGUGCUGGAUUCUUGGAAGUCGUUGAGCGUGUUCUACGAGUCGUUUGUGAGGGCAGCAAGCUCGGUAUGGCUGCUUCACAAGCUGGCAUAUUCGUUCAAGCCCGUGAUCGAGAUCUUUCAGGUGGAGAGAGGGGUUGAGUUCUCGAUGGUGUACAUGGAGGAUGUCUUGGGGAGAUGUGGUCUGCCCGGGAAAAGUAGGCCGCGAGUCGGGUUCACGGUUGUGCCUGGUUUCAAAGUAGGGAGAACUGUUGUUCAGUCACAGGUUUAUCUCACUGACUUGAAACAUGUUGAGUUGUAUCAAGAUUUGUGAUGUUGUGCAUAUUUUGUGUUAGAGGUUUGUGGUUUUGGUCAUUACUUGUGUAUAAAGAAGAAAAUAUACUACUACCAUGAUUUCUCCUUUCUUUGUGUCAGUAUUUUCUAGUAGUAGAAAUGAUAUGUUACCACUUGUAUUUACAUGACACUGAAUCUAUUGAUUUGCUUGCUAUUGGUUUCA